GUCUAAUCAGAGACGCUGCCUCUGUGAUUUAUACAAGGCAGCGUGCCCAGAGAGAGAGAGAAAAAAUACACUUCUGUGCCUGGGUGGUUGCAACGGUUUUGUGUUCCUUUUCCCAUCACAAAUCCGUGUUUUUUUUAGGAACGCUGUCGAAAAAAAAAUGUUCGUUUAGCAUUGAAGGAAAGCUCAAGAUUCAUCUGCUUGUUUUCCCUGGGAUGAAGUGAAGUGGUUCAUGGCCAAAAAGAGAGAACCAGUGGCGAGCAGGAGGAGAUAGAUUUAAGCAGCGAUAAUAGUUUAAGUGAACUAUCAUGACAAGCUAUCAGUACAAUUAGGCUGGCAGGCUUCACUUUUUAUUUACGUGGCUUAUUGGUGUUUAUUAAAGGAAACCGUGGCCCGUCACCUCCGAGACAUUUCUGGAUUGGAUAUGCUGUUUGCCUGCAGUAAUUGAUUCCCACUAGUGUUUAAUUAACGCAGUCGAGCCCAACUCCUUUUCACGCUUUAAUAAGGAGUUUGCAGAAGCUUGCAAAAUAAUCUCAACAGCGAAAUAAACUGUAUAUUAAAAUCAGUCUGGAUUUCCUCAUAAGACUCCUGUCAGCGAACAUGAGGUUGAAGAGGAAUGGAUCGUACACAUUGCACAGUCGAGGAGGAAGUUAGUGCAGAUCUUGGGAGCAGCAUGUGAAGAGCAAAGGGAGGUAAACAGACCGGCAGCUUCUCGAUGGACAUCCUGUUCUGCUUCGAUUGCGUCUUGUUUAGGAAGUCCAAGACCAAGCCAAAUGGCAAAAAAACAGCAACAGAGGAGAAGAAAUUGUAUCUGGAGCCUGAAUAUACCAAAGCCAGAAUAACAGAUUUCAACUUUAAAGAACUGGUGACUUUGCCACGUGAAAUUGACCUCAAUGAAUGGCUAGCCAGCAAUACAACAACAUUCUUCAAUCACAUAAACCUUCAGUACAGCACCAUCUCAGAGUUCUGCACUGGAGAAACGUGUCAAACAAUGACUGUGUGCAAUACGCAAUAUUAUUGGUACGAUGAAAGGGGAAAGAAAAUCAAAUGCACAGCCCCACAAUAUGUGGACUUUGUAAUGACUUCUGUACAAAAGUUUGUGACAGAUGAAGAUAUCUUCCCAACAAAAUAUGGCAAAGAAUUUCCAAACUCCUUUGAAUCUUUAGUAAAAAAGAUCUGCAGAUAUCUGUUCCAUGUACUGACUCACAUCUACUGGGCUCAUUUCAAGGAGACUGUUGCAUUGGAGCUGCACGGACAUUUAAACGCACUGUAUAUGCAUUUCAUGUUAUUUAUAAGGGAAUUCAAUUUGGUAGAUCCCAAGGAAACGGUUGUCAUGGAUGACCUGACUGAAAUCCUUUACAGCCAUGCAGCAUCACAGAACCACGUCAAGGAAAGAUGAGCCAUGUGCAAAAGAAGGACAUUUGAUCAUGAAGACUGUGGGACUUAACUGUGCAGGAUUAAGUGUGGAAUUUAAUUUCACACUCUAAAUGCAGUGUUUACUUCUAGGAAAGAACCACGUUUGACAUGGGAAGAUGUUGUGCAGAAUGGUGGUACUGCCAUUUUUAAUAUAUUAUGAUAUGUUAUUAAAAUAUGACUUUUAACUUUGAAGUGGCAUGCUGGCAAACAUGCUGUUUACUGCUUCUCCCCUACCGAGUAGGAAUGAAAUGGAAUAGUUGAGUCUUGGUUUUAACCCAGGAAUAUAGAGGUUUGAAUUUGUAUGGUUAUAAUCUUGGAAUACUGGAGCUAUCAUGCUGCUCUGGCAACCAGUCACGUACCUCUUCAUUAUUCGACUUGGACCAGUUAUACACGACAGGAAUAUUUUUUCUUAGCACAUUUUAUCUGCAAGCUCCAUAAUUGUAUUAAAAAAAACUUAAACUGCAGCUUGUAACAAUACUUCUUUGGCUUGCAUUCAAAUCUGUGGGAAGAUUUUUUCCCCCUCAUUAAGCAAUUCUAUAAUCAGUUAAUCUCGCAGAUUAGCCUCAAUUUUAGAGAAGUAGUCAAAGCCAGUGCUGCUGGAAGCAAAAAUAGCUUGCAAGGUGAGCAUUACAGUCAGGCCUGGUUCAGUACCAUAUGGGAGCCUUUCUCUGGCACAUGUUAAUGGUGAGCUCUUGUUGCUUCUCAUCCCUGUACAGCUAUCUGAGAAAUGUUCCUGAUCAGGUAGCAAGAGGAAAGUCAGGCUGAUGUUCCUUUUGAAGAUGGUCACUUCAGCGUGUGUACACACUUUUGUAAAUAUUGUUUGAGGUUGGUGUGUUGUACAUGAAUGCAAGUAGCAACCUUGGUUUUUUUCCAUCAAUUCAAUAUUGAUUUAUGGUUAUUUUCAGUUUUGCAUCUUCUAAGUUUAGCCAAGUAGCUUGCCCUCAUGUUUGUUAGGAAUACAGAUGGGGGAAAUUGGGGAUCAAUAGACAGAUUUCCAAGCUCAGUUGCCUCAUUUUUAGUUUUAAACUGAAGGGCAGCACACAAUAUUUCACUUUAGUUAUCAUUUUAUUAGAAGUGUAGGGUUUUGGUUUGCUGUUUCUCUUGUGUUGGAACUGUUGCACUUGAACCUUGUAGUUAACCAUGGUUUCCAGGUGUUUACAAGCAAGUUUAUUUUGUUUUUGGCUUCAUUAAUAUAAAGUUAUAAAUAAAAAGGUGAUACAAAACAAAA